AUGGACUACAGCCUAGUAGCGCUGAAGCUACUGUGUGCUCAGCUGAAGGAUGCGACAAAAAUGGCGCCGCAGAAUGCCAUGACUCUCGAUGGCAUCCUCUUCCAACGUACUUGGUUACAAGGUGUUCUGGUCUCAGCCCCCGACGAAAACAACAACGUAGAAGCGCCGUUGCUUCUCAACGACAGCACCGGCGUCGUCAAGCUCUCCCUCAACUCUGCCAACUCCCGUCUGCACCCUUGGAAGACCGAUACCAAAAUUUUCACUCUUCGGAUAUACAGUGCAGGUGCAGUUGAGCCCCUAGUGAUCAAGGUUCACAAGAUUGUUGAGCUUUCAACGAUCCCGGAUCGAGAGGCGAUGUGGUAUCUUGAAGUUAUGGAGGCAUGCAAACUGUUCUACGGCCCCUUAAUUGAAGAACUUGUGUGA